GCCCGCUCUGCUGCGCCGUGCGUGCGCACUUCUACCCUGGUUGGGGCGCUCGGGGCUCGCGGCUGCACCAUGGACAUUAACCAGCCCAAGCAGGAGCACCUGCUGGCCCUGAAAGGUCCCGUUUCCCACUGAUCUUUGCAGCAUGGGGCAAGGAAAUUCUUGUAAAUAAGAUGUUUCAAUCUAGACUUAUGAAUCCUCAUCAAGAGACUAUUCUUGUAAUUAAGAAUAACUGGAUUGCUACUGCACAAGCAUGGAAGUGGUCUUACAUUACCGACCACAUCAGAGAGAUCUGACAGAACUGCACAAAUUUGCAGAAGCGGCAGUGAAGGAGCUUCCCAUUCGUCAGUUACCAAGAUUCACACCCUGGUUUCCAAAUGAUUUGUACAGACUUCCGCUCAAACCCAAAAAGCAACCACCUGUUAUUUCUUCUGAAGAAGCAGAAGAAUUGAAACAACUUACUACACCUUCAGAAUGUAUUGUAGAAUCUCCUAGUUAUGACUGCACAAAAAAUCUCCUUGAAUUUCGGUCUGAUAUGAAUCAUGGGCAGACUUUAACCCACACACAAAAUGGCCGCAGGCAAAUUAACUUGGAAAAUCAAGGGGAACCAGCAUCUUAUGAGAAACAGAAAUUGAAAAGGUCUUGGAGUGUCUCUCUCUGUAGCCCUAAGCUUAAAGAAAAGAUUCUUCCUCUAUCUCAAGAACUUCAAAACAAUUUGGAAAGACUUAAAUUGCAUGCAUUUUAUAGAGCAAAGUGGACAAUUGAGCAGUCUAAUUGUAAUAACCAGAACUUGGAGGACAUCUGGAUAAAAUUGAAUAGACUGAUCAAGCAGAACGAAUUGCCAUCUUGCAAUGCUACUAUCCAAAGAUCUUUGGGACAGAUAUGGAUUUUCUGUGAUAUACUAUACUGUGAAUAUAUUAGAAAUAUUCUUAGGGAAAAGCUGAGCCUUACUGAUAAAAUGAAUUUGCUUGUACAUAAAUUUGGAAUUAUAUUUAGUUUGUGAUUGUAACAUAGUUUUGUAACAAUAUUGUUGUCUGAAGUAGUUUCAAGUUAGCUUAGUUUUUAAGGAGCUUAAAAUACACAAACUUCAGAACAGCGGAUGAAUUAAUUAAAAGAAAAUAACUGUUACUUUACUACAGUUUUCAAGUUGUAGUAGUGUAUUUAAGUUUAUUUUGUUGGGAAAAUCGUGAAUGGGUCAAUGAAGAUUAAUACAUUUGCCUCUCGCAUUCACCUGCAACAUGCAUUUGUUUGAUUUAGUACAGUAUUGUAUUUUUUCUCUUGUCCUUUGUCUAAAGGAAAAAAUACUUCUGCACUUAAUUUCUCCAGGAUAUUCCCUUUGGAAUUUUGCUUGUUUUUCUUCAUAUGAUAAUGUUUGAAGAAUAAUAGUUUAUUGUGGACAUUGCAUACCUCUUUGUAGUUUAAAACAAAGGAUAUUGAACAUUGACAUGCAUUUUUAAACUUUGGCUGAAAGCAGAAUGUUCUGUAUUAUUAUUUGGUGUAUUUGUGGGAUUUAAUAUUACUGCUUAGCAAAACUGAUGUGACAGAUAACUAGUUGUUGCUAUUAGUAGUAGAGCUUAUGUAGCCAAUUUACAUCAGUGAAAUUACUUCUCUGAUCUUAAAGAUAAUAGUAAUGAAGUUACUUUGUACUGUCAGAAUUUUUAGAGAUACAGUGUACUAAGAUGCAGAAUGUUUUAUUAAGUGUUAGAAUCUGAGGAAAAAAGCAAGAGAUAAUCUGUAAUACUACAAGAACAGAAUACUUUAGUAGUCUCAUUAAAUACAAUAAUCUACAUA